CAUCACUAAAAUUUGAGUUUGACUGUAAAGAAGUUCAUUGUGCUUACAUUUUUGAUGUAGGCCAGGUUACAUAGCAUGUCAAAGAUGACAUGUCGAAAGAUGCCGCCUAUGCGUGUAACACUGAAAGUGGGUGUAACUAGUACUAGUAUGCACUAGUGAGGUUGUGCUAACCUUUAAUGCAAGGUUUAAGCUAUAAUGGUAAGUCAUUUUGAUUGUCAGAAUCAUGACUGGCACAGAGAGUGGAUUUUGCAAAAAAAAGGUUGAAACGUUGAUUAAAAUAAUCAUAUGUUUUCCUUGAAUGUUGAAGAACCCCCAUUGUUUUCUCUGUUUACAAUGUAGGUGUGGACGCCUCCUGAAGAUCAGUUAAUUCCUGAGGAUUCUGAACUCCUACAGAUAGCACAGCCAAAUUCAAUGACUGCAUCAAGUGCAUAUGAUGAGAUUGAGAACCUAUCAACUGAGGAAGAACAAGGAAGUCCUUCCAUUACGGAAGAGAUAUUUGAAGAUGAGCUGGAGAUGUGGGAACCGCAACAAGAGGAAGCUGCUCCAUUGGAGGAGCGAGAAGAACGCCCUUCACCUGGAAAAGCAACUGCAGCGGGAGACAGAUAUCUCCCUGGUCCUUCAUCAUCAUCAGUGGAGUUUUCUUUGCAACCUGCUGUCAGGCAAUCUGUCCUGUCAACAAGAAAAGAGACAAUGCUACAGCAAGCGAGAAAGCGGUUCCUUGACAAAGAGGCCUCAAACAGGAAUGAAACCAACCAGUAGAUGGAGUAACAUACAGUCAUCCACACACUGGUGGCAUCUGGUGUUCUCAGUCCGCGACACCGUGAUAGUUUUAGCCAAGGAGCCUUCCUUUAUAGAUCUACAACUGUAGAUGAAAAACAAACAGAUCCUUGGAAAAUCAACUACUGCAAUGCGGUGACAACCUUACUGUCACUAUAAUGAACUUAGAACUAAAGAGGUAAAACGAUUCCUUUGUAGCCUGCAUUGCAAGCGUUUCUGUGGGGUUCGGGAGCGAAGACUUACAGCGCGAAAAAUGGAGCGAGUAAAAGAGG